AUUUUAGACGACAGAACGGGUACUUUUGUUUUGUUGCCUUUCCACUGGAGCUCAAACCCGGAAGAAGGAAAUAAUGACCGUCGUCGUCCACUAGCGCGAGUCAGUUUGAGGUCGAGUGGAAGUUGACCAUGGCGAUGACAAGCCAGAUGUCCUGCUCCUCGAUGAGCAACCACACUAAGGAAAGGGUCACCAUGGCCAAAGUAACGCUGGAGAAUUAUUAUAUCAACCUGAUAUCACAGCAUGAGGAAAGGGAAAUGAGACAGCAGAAGCUGGAGAAGGUCAUGGAUCAAGAGGGCCUAGGUGAUGAAGAGAAGUGCAUCCGGCGGUCUCAGCAUGCUAGGAAAGAGACUGAGUUUCUUCGUCUCAAACGAACACGGCUUGGAUUAGAGGACUUUGAGUCACUCAAAGUGAUUGGCCGAGGAGCUUUCGGAGAGGUGCGGUUAGUCCAGAAAAAGGACACAGGACAUGUUUAUGCCAUGAAAAUCUUGCGGAAGUCUGAUAUGCUUGAGAAAGAGCAGGUUGGCCAUAUUCGAGCAGAAAGGGACAUCCUUGUAGAGGCAGACAGUUUGUGGGUGGUCAAGAUGUUUUACAGCUUUCAGGAUAAGAUGAACCUCUACCUCAUCAUGGAGUUUCUGCCUGGAGGUGAUAUGAUGACUCUACUGAUGAAGAAAGACACUUUAACAGAGGAGGCCACACAGUUUUAUAUUGCUGAGACUGUGCUGGCUAUUGACUCCAUUCACCAGCUGGGCUUCAUCCACAGAGACAUCAAACCAGACAAUCUCCUGCUGGACUCGAGAGGCCAUGUGAAGUUGUCUGAUUUCGGCCUAUGCACUGGUCUGAAGAAAGCUCACCGCACAGAGUUCUACAGAAACUUUAAUCACAGCCUUCCUAGUGACUUCACGUUCCAGAACAUGAACUCAAAGAGGAAAGCAGAAACAUGGAAGCGAAACAGGAGACAGUUGGCCUUUUCCACGGUUGGAACCCCUGACUACAUCGCUCCAGAAGUGUUCAUGCAAAAUGGUUAUAACAAGCUCUGUGAUUGGUGGAGUUUGGGCGUCAUUAUGUAUGAAAUGCUAAUAGGUUACCCUCCAUUUUGCUCCGAGACGCCUCAGGAAACUUACAGGAAAGUGAUGAACUGGCGGGAAACUUUGAUCUUUCCACCUGAGGUCCCAAUUUCAGAAAAAGCCAAGGAUCUGAUCCUCAGGUUCUGUUGUGAGAGCGAGCACAGGAUUGGGGCUGUUGGAGUGGAGGAGAUCAAGACUAACCCUUUCUUUGAGGGAGUGGACUAUGACCAUAUCAGGGAAAGACCGGCAGCUAUACCAAUUGAGAUCAAAAGCAUUGACGACACUUCCAACUUUGACGAGUUUCCUGAUUCAGACAUCCUCCAGCCUACAGGUGUGUUUUCAGCCACUCCUGUGUCCAACCACACUGAAGCUGAUCUGAAGAGUAAAGACUGGGUGUUCAUCAACUACACCUACAAGCGCUUUGAGGGGCUGACUGCACGAGGAGGCAUCCCAUCGUACAUGAAAACUGGGAAGAGAUAGGCUUCAGUAGGACUCGAUAACUUGCUGCAUUCUUGCAGUGGUUGUUUUUCCACACAGAGGCGUUCUCCAUCGCUGCUCCUCGCAUCUGAAGGAUCCUGCAUCAUCCAUUUCCUGUUUUGAAUCACUCAACCAUGAUUCAUUUAUGGAUGUGGACUCCACCCGCACUCAAGACACGCUCGGAGUCUUAUCUAAGGGCAUCUUUUCCUUAUACACCAUGACUAUGCUAGUUUUUUAUCCCUGAGCUUUUCCUUUUUUCCUUCUUAAGGAUAUAACAUUUGAGGCAAUCAUCUUUUAGGUUGCCAGAUUUUGUAUAUUUUUUUAAUUGAGAUAUUUUAGUACACUCACACUGGCAAAAAGGGCUUGAACGGAAGCUGGUUAGACCUCCUGCAACCAUAAUUGAUUUUAAUUGCAUUAGCAAAGGUGUAUCAUUGAUUUACUGUUUCCAAGAACUAGCGUUUGUGGUAGAAGCCCUGUCUCAGCCCUUUUCAUGUCCACAUCUGCUGUACACAUCUUAAAGACUGAAAACGUCCCUUUUAUUAAAUAAGAUAGAUGUUUUGAAAACCCAUACUUCUAAAGACUUCACAUUUAUCCUCUGUUUUCAAAAAUUCCUUCUUGUUCUGCUCACCAUCCAAGAUCUCAAUGACAGUGGCAAAACACAGGGGGGUUCAUGGACAGUCUGAUCUGAAGGGGAUUCACACAAACCCUCACAGCUGCAGAUGUUGCCUUACAUUCUGAUCCUUCUUAUACCAGCAGAUAUGUCAUGAAUGCAUUUGCCAGUCAAAUCAAAUUGUUCAUCAGCAUACCAUGAAAUGUCACCAGCUGAUGUCAAAGACCAAGCAAACUAAUGACCAGCAUUUGUUUAUUAUUUAAUUGGUAGUUUCAGCCACCGACUGAUUCAGAAUUUGCUUGGUGCUAAUCCUGUUCUUUUUUAAAAACUUUUCAUUUUUUCUUUAAUAAAGGGGCUCAUUGCUGAUGUUUGGGGAACAAAGCCGCAAUUUUUUUUUUUUUUUUUUUGCAUCUUGAGGAGAAUAACAACACUAUUCAGGGAUUUGAAUUUGAUCGAGUCUUCCAUAUUAAUAUGGGAAUAAAAUGUUUAAUGCAUUUUUUUUAUAUUACCAAAGAGGCGCCAUCGGCUUUAUGGGCUUGACUCAUUUUGUGGAUGCUUUGGCUUUUAUACAGCAUUAAUUAGCAAGCUUAUAUCUUAAGCCGUUAAUAUAGAAACUUGUGGCAAAAUAUUCAUUCCAAUAUGGUUCCGAUCAAUCUGUAUUAUUGGAAGCUGCUUUAAUCAGCAUGUGCUUGUGAUGGUUGACUUUGUAAAAAAAAAAAAAAAAAAAAAAAAACAGAAAAAGGCUUCCAGACAGUGAUUGACUGAGUCAUAUUUCUACAAUCAACACCCAUAUGUCUUCUUUGUGACCAAAUUGAAUGUAUCUUGAAGAUUAAAAGAGGCUUCUAGAAGUUGCAUUCAUACAGGAUUGUCUGGCCAGGAAUGAUGAGAUCUAAAUGCUGGAGUGAAUGAUUUGGCGACUAGGUUUGAGCUGAGCAGCUGUUGUACACCGUAUACUGCUAGAGAAAUAUGAUCUCAAAUAACAUAUUACUGUAUCCCAGAAUGCUACAAAUGAUAUGGAAUAUAGAUUGUGAAAUCGUGAUUGAAUGGUGAAUUUUAUUUUAUUUGUAUCCUUAGAGCAAUAUGUGACAAACUUAGGUCUGGAUUUCUAUUAUUAUUGUUAUUUUUUAUACAUAUUAUAGUCAUGGCUGGAGAUUUUCAUGCUGUCUGAGAGUCGGCCUGAUGCAUGUUUUUGUGUGCUGGACAAGUCAAAGAGCUUUGAAUGAGAUGGAGAAUUCGUAUCUUGAUUUUCUUUGUUUUUGUUAUUUGUUUCAUUUAUUCAAGUAUCAUUGAAUGGGAAUAUGUGAGGGUGAUUUCAUGGUUAUCGCUUAUGAAUGAUAGCUUGGAAUUCUACACUGUCUCUACAAGAAGCAGAUCACAGGCUGAGCUGCUUUGUGUCUUUUGUUGCUGUAUCUCACAUGCUGAAAACGAUCAUGAAACCAGCGUGUCAAUGAGAGUGUCUGUUUUAAAAUCUUGCUUGCGUCCUUGUCCUAAAGUGAGGACUUUCUCUUUAAAUGAGGAGAAAGGACUUCUUUUUUUCUUGAAGAUUAACAAUGCACCUUUUGCUAGUUGUAAUGUCAUGUAUAUUUAAAACACACACACGCACACUUUUCGAGAUGUUAAAUACACAUUGAAUGACUGUUCUAUUGUUUGCCUGUCAGAGUUUGUAAUUCUUUCUGCAGCUUUUUUCACCUAACCAGAUGUGGACUAGUUUUAAGAUCUUUGGGGUCUGUAUUUACUUGCCUAGAGCUAAAGAAAGAAUUACAGCAAUGUGUAUAAAGGGGUUUAUUUAAUCUGGCACUAAUGCUCCCAAACUAUCCGUGUGGGAGUUCUCAGAUUUUUUGCUGAUAAUCCAGAUCUCAAAUGCAGUGCUGGUGGAGGAACAGCAUUCCUGCUUCUGAAUGGUUUUGAACACAACUCAGUUUUUUUCUCUGAUGUCACAUUCUGCUGUGGGAGGUGGACGUUUGUCCUCUCUCUGCCUUAAGUUUGAGUUGUAGAGAUUUUUCCUGUGCUCACAGAGCACCUUUCACUGGUUUAUUUGUCUGAUAGAGUUUGUUUUUGAGUGGGCACACUUUGACCUGUUAAAUGUCCUGAAUAAAUUACCAGUUCAUUUAAAUAA